AGAUACCAUGGACGGCAUGCCCGAGAGCAGUAUAGUCUGUGAUGAUCUCAAAGAACGGCUGGUGGCUUUGGAGAAACUGCUUGCUGAUCCAUUAUCCGACUGCUACAUUGAACGUCUGUUGGAUGUGGUUAUAGCGGCUGUCAACGAUUCUCGAACGAUGCAAAAAUCGAAGGAAAAUGAACACAUGUUAUCUUUCUGCAAGAGGUUCAUGAACGUUGCCAGUCGUCUUCAAUCCUAUCGGCGUCAGCCACAAGAUUUCUCCCUGAUCGCAUCUUUAGGACACGGAGCGUUCGGACGCGUACAGCUUGUCCGGGAAGUGACCACGGGGCGUGUUUGCGCCAUGAAGGUGCUUAAGAAAUCUAGAAUGCUCACGCAGCAUACGGAUUACUGGGCGGAACGAGAAAUAAUGGCUCGGGGUGAAAGCCCUUGGAUUGUUCAGCUGUACUAUGCUUUUCAGGAUCUAACCUCUCUGUACAUGGUAAUGGAGUUUGUUCCUGGUGGAAACCUCGUGGGUUGGAUGGAAGAGGUCGAAAUAAUCUCUGAAGCUGCUUGCCGGUUCUACGCGGCGGAGACGGUGCUAGCUUUGAGCGACUUACAUGCAAUGGGUUUCAUUCAUCGGGAUUUGAAGCCGGACAACCUGUUGUUAGACGCAGGUGGACAUGUGAAGUUGGCAGAUUUCGGUACUGCCAUCCGCGUUGAUCCCGAAACCCAGUUGGUUCAUUGCGAUGCCGCCGUUGGCACACCGGACUAUCUUAGCCCCGAAGUGUUGCUCUCUCAGGGUGCCGGUGGUGGCAGUUACGGCUUCGAGGUGGACUGGUGGGCGCUUGGUGUUGUGGUUUACGAGAUGUUAUACGGUGACACACCGUUCUACUCCGAGACGCUGGUCAAUACGUACGCUAAAAUUAUGAGUCAUGGAAAUCACCUCAAGUUCCCUGACAACGUUCAGGUUUCCGAGGCUGGUUUGGACUUUAUGAAACAACUCCUUCGUGAUCGUGAAACUCGUCUGGGUAGUGGUCCAGACGCUGCUACCAACGUCCGUAAACACGCUUGGUUCUCUUCCGAGUGGUCUUCCGCCCAAAAAGCUUCAGGUUCCCUCGAUUCGACCGAUCUUUCUCUCGUCGACUGGUCCUGGUCAACAAUUCGCGCGUGCCGUGCUCCUUUCCAACCCCAACUCACCAGUGAAACAGAUACUGCCUACUUCCAGUUGGAGAAUGACGAUGAAAACGACCAUCGACACUCGCUGGACGACUUUUCUCCACCAAGUCCCACAAGACGGACAACAGCUCCGGAUUCUCCGCCUUCAUCGGCCAAACAACCUCUAUCUCCCGGAAAGUUUGACGGCGAUCGGUUUUUGCACAAACAUCCGGGUAUUCAGCUGGCAUUUGCAGGGUUUUCCUUCUCCUCUCCCCAUCCCGACCACGUUGCCCUGUUGAAUGGAAUCCACCUGGCACCAUUUGCUCCCACCCUUUCCACCGAUGAAACUGGCGUCGGUGCUGUCCUCAACACUACCACAUCACUCGUCAACGGUAGUCCAUGCCUGACAGGUUCUCCUGUGGAAGAACUGCAACAGGAACAACAACAAGAACAACAAUCAAGGCUACCGGUGAAAACAAACCGAUUGUCUGAUGUCACAGAUAGUGCUAGUUCGUUCCCUCUAUCCCCUUCCCAUCUGAUUCGGGUUCAAGCUCAGCUAGAAGAUGCAUUGGCUUUGGCCGAACUGCAUUCGAAUGAGGUGAUGGACCUGACGGAACAACUGGACAAGGCUGCUGCUCAACGUCGUGAAUUGGAAUCCAGGCUUUCCCAGCGAGAAGCUGCUCAUCGCAGUGCACUGGAUGAGGCACAUCAGCGAAUGGAACUGGUCAGAGCUGAGGCGGCGGCGAAGUUAGCUCAUUUGGAAGCUGAGCUCUCUAAAUGGAAGGCUGUCGCACAGUCUGAGCAAACGGCUCGUCAGACUGCUGAAGCUGCCGGGAGCAUUGCCGUCGCACAAGCCACAGCUCGGCUAGCAAAACGAGCAGCAGAAGUUGCGGAUCGUUUCGCCGCUUCGGGUUCACGUGGCGCCCUGUCUCGUGUCGUUUCCCCUACUCUACCUGCACAACCCGAUGCGCCUGUCUCUGCCCAACAGGCAAACGAAGCCACUGAAGUUCCCCCUCCAACUGACCAACCAGAAAGCGACCUUCUAGUCACAACCCCAACAUCGAUGGAUACCCAAACAGUAGCCACUAACCUGUUGCUAACACGCGUCGAAGAGAUGGCCAAACGGGCUCAUCGAGCUGAAGCCUCCGCUCGCGAAGCCCAAGACAUGCUGGAAGCGGAGCAGCACUUUUGUCGUCUGUACAAAGAGACCUCUGCUGAAAAAUCGGAUCAGAUAAGAGAGUUGAAUCGUGAAUUGGAAGAACUGCGCGUGUUACUAAACGACAGCGAAAAGAAGCGCCAACGGUUUUUCGAAGAGGGCGAGGCAGCUCGCCGUGCAUUGGCUGAGGAACAGCAGCGGAGCUUACGGCAUCGUGAGGCUGCUCGGGUUGCCGACGAAAGUGCCAUUUCCGCUUCUCAUCGUGCCACACUGGCGCGUCGGGAGGCAGCGGCUCUUCGCGAGAGUUUGGAACAGAUGAAGCAGGCCUACGAGCAAGAGAAGAGCAAAUGUGCUGCAGCUGUGAACAAGCUUCAUGAGGUGAUGUCCGGUACGAACACCCCUGCUUUGGAGCUUAUGUACCUGGCCAGCGCUCAAUCCAAAGAUGGCGGUUUAUUCAUGGGCAGUACAGCCAAUCGACACAAACUGGCCGCGAUUUUGGGCAAUCGGCAACAACAACAGUUGCAUCAACAAUCACAGAAGAUAAAGCGUUUGCAAAAUGAAAUCAAACGACUCCACUGGGAGUUGGCCGCAUCGAAACGCGAGAACACUCACAUCUUGAUGGAGUUAUCUCAACUUCGUGAAGAGGCACAUUUUCAAACCGCGCACCCAUCCGCGAAUCCUCACCAUCAGCAGCAUCACUCUCACCACAGUCGUGAUCCAAGCGAUGAUCUUGGUGCCAAUGGUCCGUACUCCACUUUGAACCAGUCCAGCAUAACUUCGCGUAACCGUUCUGGACUGUUCGCCUGGAGCAAAGGCGACAUGUCAUCUGUCGGGUCUGACCGAACCGUACCGUUCCAGAAGACCUUACUUCCAAAUGCUCUUUCUCAUGCUUCAUCCACCUCUUCCAAUCCUGAGCUUCCAGACAACACCCGAGAGGUGCAUGUCCGACAGCAUUCGUUAGGCGAACGGACCACAUUCUCCACGCAACUGUCUAAUUUCAUCUCACCCAUCCACACUCCCGCUUCUGUGACGCACCCAUCCAAUGAACGUCUCAACCAAAUAUCCUCUUUGGAUCCCACCGAUUUCAGUAUGUGUGGAAUUCUGGAGUUUGGUGUAAAACAGCAGCGUCGUAAAAAACUUGACUGGUUCCCUCGUAUAGUUAAGCUCACUUCUACGUACCUGGCCGUCUGGGACUAUAACCACGACGCAGUUGGCGCAUUGGGUGCUGAGACCAGGUCGAAUAAAUCUCCCUCACGCUCGAGUGGCGCUAUCAGCCUUAUUGCUGUCUCGGCAACUGCCGGUCCCGCGAUACUGGAAAUUCCCCUAGGUGCUUUGUAUAAGGUAGGCCCGCUGGAUGCCUCAGAAGCCAUACAUGAACGUGAUGAAGCUCUUGCGUGCGCCUUCCUGGUUGCUUACGAUCGAUCCUACUCUGAAGUGUCUGCGUCUCCCAAGUCUGCUACUAGCCCUGGACAAAGCAAUUCCAUGACUCUACCACGUAAAUUCAGUUUCGGGUCCUCUUCGAUUUUCUCCACACACAAUCCUCACCCGCCGCUCACACCAUCAUCUUCCGGUUCUGUCAAUACAAGGCGUAUUGUUCAACAUCAGUCUGAUGCUGACUUACCUAGACGACCAACUUCAGGGUCAACCAUAACCCACAUCGACCUUUCCGGACCAACCAGUCCUCCCGUUGCAUGUGCUUCUACCCCAACCAAUCCAAAACCCGUAUGCGCUCCCGUGAAUCAGCACCGGGGACAUCGGUUUCAAAUGAUGAAAUUCCGUUUGGUCGCUUCUUGUGACUUGUGCCACAAGCCGUGCUGGCACUUGGUCUCUCCUCCUCCGGUCCUCCAAUGUCUUCAUUGUCAGCUAAAGUUUCAUGCCUCACACAUGGAUAUGCAGGACUGUGAGAUACCUGCUUGUGGAAAAGCAAUUGUGACCUACUGGUUUCGGUGUCAGUCCAAAGCGGAACAACAAAAGUGGAUUGCUCACAUUAGUUUCGCGAUGCAAUUUGCCAAAUCGUCGCGGGUUGGUGUUUCCACCGCCGCUGCAACAAUGCUGUCUUCACCACCUGCAGGAAACGACAAUCGAACUGAGGGUUGCCCCGAACCGGAUGUCAGCCAAGGCUCAACCGUCCUCAGAGGAACAGCUGACCCCGAACAUGACCUUCAGAACUCUUCCCAAUCAUCCGAUACACUACCUACGGCGCACCAACAACACAGUUGCGACAAACCAAUAACAGGCAAUCCUAUUUUACGUCAUGCCAGUCUCCCGCGACCACAGCAUCAGCGUGCAGUGAGCUCUAGUUCUUCCACCGAGAACCGAAUGAGUUUUAGUUUCACUCACGAAGCUGCAUUGUCAACCGCUUGUCCAGCAAGCGCCAGUUCGCCAAAAGUGAUGAUCGAGCGGGAAAAAUCGUCGAAAGCUUCGAGGGAGAGAAUUAUCUCAAUAGAGCGUGCAUCUGCAGAGAAUGACGACAGUGAUUUUGUGGACAUGCCUAUCCCAGGAACUUCAAUCAUCUCCCCAACACAGGUCUCAUGAAGCGUCAUCCACUACAAUGAUCUCGUUAGUCAUGGUAUCUUCACGGUGCGUGAGGAGAGAAUACUGUUAGUGUUUGCUGAUUUUUUCGAUGACCUACUCUAACCGAAGUGCACUACUGCUGAUAACACUUUCAUUAAUUUCUGCCUGACACCAAAGUUCUCUAAUCUUCUCAUGAGCGAUUGCCAAACAUAUCCUGUACUUCUUGUUUGUACCCUCUUGUCCAUUUUAUUCUUAUUUGUCCCACUGUUCAGUUGCAUUUUUGACGCUAUCGUUUAUUGUCAUCGUUUCGCUACCACUUGGCUUUCAAUAUAUGCUUUCUGAGAAACGUUUCUACCAGAACAGAACUCCCGUAACCGAACUGUCAUAUUCCGUUAGUUUAUAUAUAUGACAGGGGUUCACUGGUGGACCACAUCCCUUCACCCUGGCUCUCUAGCUGCUCGGUAUAUAUAUAUAUAUGUGUGUGAAUACACUUGUUUGUCGUCAGCUUUACACACUGUAUGUAUAUGUGAAUCACAUCCUUCGUCACAAAUCGUGCUCACCAACCUGACUAAUAGAGGUUGCCGCAGACCAAUGUCUGUGAAGCAAGCUUUACUGGAUCUGACAGAUCGCUUCCAGUUUUUAUUGAAAUUUGGAUCAUUAUACUACAUGAACUCUCUCUGUGUGUCUGCCGCUCUCCACUUGCUAAACUGAUGCUCGUAAAGUGCCUUCUUCAAACUGACACCUCUCCUCAUAUCCUCAUAUCCUAUCAGAUUUUUAUUACUGUUUUUUUACCAUCCACACCUUCGCAUGUUUUACACGUGGCCUUUUGUUUCUUGUGUUUCUCGUUCAAAAUCGUUAUGACUUGUUGCGUAACUCUAUAGUCGGUGCAUUUGGUCUGGUUAACUGGGCCUUUUGGUGACUACGAGUAUGGGCAUCGAAACCCGCGAGCGGUUCCCGUCAACUGGAGCGCUUCGUGUCGCGCCGUCGCCAGUUUCUCUAUGCAUGUGUGCGUUCUUUCUCUCUCACACACACUUUUGUCUUGAUUAUGUCUCCAAGCC